CUCUUGGCACUCUGACGUAAAAGCCUGUCUCCCCCGAGUCUCCCCUCCAACUUUUGCGGUGCGAGUGCAGUCACUGUCAGUGGUGUAAGUUGCGCUGCCCCUGAUUGACGAGGAAACUAGUGCGUAUUCGACCUUAGUGACUCCCCCCUUCCCCCGCCAAGUCCGUGUCGGUUAGAUACUCGCCUCGUCCCUCGAUAGUCUGCACUGCAUUUAUGACUCGAGCACUUAGUAGUUUCACUUGCUAUUAAGAUAUGCCGAUCAGAGUAGCGAGUACCGUACCACAGGAGUUUAGAUUGGGAUUGCCGUUCAUCAUGAAAUCACAACCCACCCAGAAGUGUCUGGGCCUUGAAGGGCCAUCGGUCAUCCAGCCCCUUGGAUGAUGAUGAUGAUGAUGAUGAUGAUGGUGAUGAUGAUGUGGGGAAAGGAAUGACUUCUUUACCCCGGAGUAUCCUGGGUAUCGGUAGCCAUGAAUGAAGCAUACUUCAUCUGCAACGGCUACCACCUUACUCCGUCAUCAACCAUGGAAGACAACUACUACCACCACCAUCACCACCACCACCACUACCACCUCCUCCUCCCUCAACAUAUCCUCACUCGACAAACAAUGACAUUUCAUGACGCUAUGGAGUUCAGCCGCCCAGGAUUGUAUACACCAUAGUAGGAAAGUAAGGGUUGAAGCUGAGCCAGCACCAACGCCAGCACCAGCGCCAGCACCAGCAACGAGACGAACGAUCUAGCCCCAUACUCCUUCCCCCUCCCGGGAUACUCGCUACGAGUGACUUACCAUGCUGAAACAACUACUGCAAAGUGCAGUGUGCUGAUCCCAGCGAUGUAAGACUAGGAACCCGGCCA